UUUCUGGCUCUUCCAAAGAGUCUUCUUGUACAUUUAUCUAUAGCCACAUUUGAGGAGCUGGUGGUGCAAUUUCCCUGCUAGCAAUGAGGCUUCUCGCUGGCGGCCCCGGCCGGGGUCGUCAUUAUUUGCCACAUAUCUUAGUGGCAUUGGUGGCCAUUUUGGCUGUUGUUGAUAUUGUUUCUGCUGACCCUUACAUAUAUGCCUCUCCACCUCCACCUUAUGAGUACAAGUCCCCACCACCUCCUUCUCCCUCUCCACCACCACCAUACGUGUACAAGUCCCCACCACCUCCAUCACCCUCUCCUCCACCACCAUACGUGUACAAGUCCCCGCCACCUCCUUCACCAUCUCCACCACCACCAUACUACUACAAGUCCCCACCACCUCCUUCACCGUCUCCACCACCACCAUACUACUACAAGUCUCCACCACCUCCAUCACCAUCUCCUCCACCACCUUACUACUAUAAAUCACCUCCUCCACCCUCACCAUCGCCUCCUCCACCAUAUUACUACAAGUCCCCACCACCUCCAUCACCUUCACCACCACCACCUUACUACUACAAGUCUCCACCACCUCCAUCACCUUCGCCACCACCACCUUACUACUACAAGUCCCCACCACCUCCAUCACCUUCGCCACCACCACCUUACUACUACAAGUCCCCUCCACCACCUGAUCCCUCACCACCACCACCUUACUACUAUAAGUCUCCACCUCCACCUUCACCAUCACCACCUCCACCUUAUUACUACAAGUCUCCUCCACCACCUUCACCUUCACCACCUCCACCUUAUUACUACAAGUCUCCUCCACCACCUUCACCAUCACCUCCACCACCAUACUACUAUUCUUCCCCACCACCACCCAAGAAAUCACCUCCUCCACCAUACUACUACUCCUCUCCUCCACCACCCAAGAAGUCACCUCCACCUCCAUACUACUACAGCUCUCCACCACCACCAGUUAAGUCUCCACCACCCCCAUACUACUACUCUUCCCCUCCACCACCAGUUAAGUCAUCUCCUCCACCAUACUACUACACUUCCCCUCCACCACCUACUUCUUACUAUCCUCCUCAUCAUCCCUUGAUCGUUAAGGUUGUCGGAAAAGUCUAUUGCUACAGAUGCUAUGACUGGAAAUACCCAAAGAAAUCCCAUGACAAGAAGCACCUCAAAGGUGCUGUUGUUGAGGUGACAUGCAAGGUUGGUGACAAGGAAAUCAAGAGCUAUGGUACCACUAAGAUUAAUGGAAAAUAUAGCAUCACUGUUGAAGGAUUUGAUUAUGCCAAAUAUGGAGCAGAUGCAUGCAAGGCUAAACUCCACAAAGCACCAAAGGAUUCAAAAUGUAACAUCCCCACAUAUCUUCAUUGGGGCAUCAAGGGUGCUAACCUCAAAGUGAAGUCAAAGAAUCAUUAUGAAGUUGUGCUCUCUGCUAAACCAUUUGCUUAUGCUCCAAAAACUCCAUAUGAAGAAUGCAUGAAGCCUAAGCCAACCCCAACUCCUUACUACUACAAAUCUCCUCCACCUCCAUCACCUAAAUAUGUGUACAAGUCACCACCACCUCCAUCACCAAAGUACGUGUACAAGUCACCACCACCUCCAUCACCAAAGUACGUGUACAAGUCACCACCUCCUCCAUCACCUAAAUACGUGUACAAGUCACCACCACCUCCAUCACCAAAGUACGUGUACAAGUCACCACCUCCUCCAUCACCUAAAUACGUCUACAAGUCCCCACCACCUCCAUCACCGAAGUACGUAUACAAGUCACCACCUCCUCCAUCACCUAAGUACGUGUACAAGUCCCCACCACCACCAUCACCUAAAUACGUCUACAAGUCCCCACCACCACCACCAUACUAUUACAAGUCUCCUCCACCACCAUCUCCAUCACCACCACCUCCAUACUACUACAAAUCUCCUCCACCACCAUCACCAUCACCUCCACCUCCCUACUAUUACAAGUCUCCACCACCACCAUCACCAUCUCCUCCUCCACCAUACUAUUACAAGUCUCCUCCACCACCAUCUCCAUCACCCCCACCUCCCUACUAUUACAAGUCUCCUCCUCCACCAUCACCAUCUCCUCCUCCACCAUACUACUACAAGUCUCCACCACCACCAGACCCAUCUCCUCCACCACCAUACUAUUACAAGUCUCCUCCACCACCAUCCCCAUCACCACCACCUCCAUACUACUACAAAUCUCCUCCACCACCAUCACCAUCACCUCCACCUCCCUACUACUACAAGUCUCCUCCACCACCAUCACCAUCUCCUCCACCUCCCUACUACUACAAGUCUCCUCCACCACCAUCGCCAUCUCCUCCUCCACCAUACUACUACAAGUCGCCACCACCACCAUCCCCAUCUCCUCCUCCACCAUACUACUACAAAUCACCACCCCCACCAUCUCCAUCUCCUCCUCCACCAUACUACUACAAGUCUCCACCACCACCAGACCCAUCUCCCCCACCACCAUACUACUACAAGUCUCCUCCACCACCAUCGCCAUCACCCCCACCUCCAUACUACUACAAAUCACCACCACCACCAUCCCCAUCACCUCCACCUCCCUACUACUACAAGUCUCCUCCACCACCAUCGCCAUCUCCUCCUCCACCAUACUACUACAAGUCCCCACCACCACCAUCACCGUCUCCUCCUCCACCAUACUACUACAAGUCCCCACCACCACCAUCACCAUCACCACCACCUCCCUACUACUACCACUCUCCACCUCCACCUGUGAAGUCUCCUCCUCCUCCAUACUACUACAGCUCACCUCCCCCACCGGUAAAAUCACCUCCCCCUCCAGUAUACAUCUAUGGUUCUCCACCACCACCAGUCCACUACUAAGCAGUUCGAAAAGCUUGGCCAUUUUCCACAACCACUCAAAUUUCAGUUUCAGUCACAAAAUAAGUGAUGGGUUCUUGAGGAGAAGAUUAAGAGUUCCAUGGUCAAAUGCAAUUAAUAAGAAGUUCAACUUUGCAAUUGAGAGGUUGAUUCCUAGUGACUUGGACCACUUUACUUCUACUUCUCUGGUUUCCUUAUUACACAUUGUUCUCUGUGUGUCUUCACGUACGUGGAAAGUGGCUUCGACAGCUUAAUUAGUUGGAAAUAGUAAUUAUACAUCUAGUGUACAAUUUCAUAUGUUGCUUCUUUAUAGUAAUUUAUUAUUAUUAUUAUGUAUAGGCUUUGCAAUUUGAUUCGUUUGCUCUUAAUUAUUGUUGGCUGUCUCCUAGUGCCUACUUGUGCUUUUGUGCACCAAAUCAAUAAAGAGAUGAUUUUUGUUCA